CGCAACCACAAUAUGACAGUGGGGGUAUUCUGGUAAUUUCACCGUUGUCACAGUCUGAGCUUUGUUCUAGCUCAGACUCAGAACACCAUAUCUGGCGAUCAACAACCUAGGGUUUCACACACACUGAACAGCAUCUAUUUGUUCACGGAACAAUCAAAUGGCUGCAAUUUACAGCCUCUACAUUAUCAACAAAUCAGGCGGUCUCAUCUUCUACAAGGAUUAUGGGUCUGCUGGGCGAAUGGAUACGAAUGAUAGCUUGAGAUUGGCCAGUUUAUGGCAUUCGAUGCACGCCAUCUCUCAGCAGCUAUCGCCGAUCGCGGGUUGCUUAGGUAUCGAACUCCUUGAAGCCGACAGAUUUGAUCUUCAUUGCUUCCAAUCUCUCACUGGGACAAAAUUUUUUGUUGUCUGUGAGCCUGGAACACAACAUAUGGAGGCUCUCCUGAAACAUAUCUAUGAACUGUACACAGAUUAUGUUUUAAAGAACCCCUUCUAUGAAAUGGAGAUGCCCAUCCGAUGCGAGCUCUUUGACAUCAAUCUGUCACAGGCAUUACAGAAGGAUCGUGUCGCCUUGUUAGGGCGAUGAAUUCAUCUGACCAACGCGUUACAUUAUCCAUUAGUUCUAUACAUCCUAGGUGAAUAAUUUCAUCCUCUGGUUUGUAGGAGAAAGUUCAAUUUUAUAUGUUGCUAAUUUGUUUCUGAAAUUUUUCAGUAAUGACACCUGUAGGAUGCUUGAAAGAGAUCUGUUUGGUGUUUCCUUGGCCUUCCCCUAUAGAUGUAGGCUCGUACCCUAUGAAGGCGACUAAUUUUGCAUCGACUCUAAUGUAAUAAACUAGUGAGCCCUAAAAUAAGGGGUCAAGAAAUGCUUUUAUUUAAAAA